AUGAGGUGGGAUAAUCACAGCAGUGCAUCUGAAUUCAUCCUCCUGGGGUUCCCCAUCUGGCUGGAAGAACAAGGAGUGUAUUACACCCUGUUCCUGCUCAUGUACCUGACCACAGUGCUGGGGAACCUGCUCAUCAUCCUGCUCAUCAGGCUCGACUCUCGCCUCCACAGCCCCAUGUACUUCUUCCUCAGCCACUUGGCUCUCACUGACAUCUCUUUCUCAUCAGUCACAGCUCCAAAGAUGCUCAUGAAUAAGCUGACGCAUAAUAAAUCCAUCUCUUAUGCUGGGUGCAUUUCUCAGGUAUAUUUUUUCUUGUUGUUUGGUGAUCUUGACAGUUUCCUCCUUACCUCAAUGGCCUAUGACAGGUAUGUGGCCAUCUGCCAUCCUCUGCAUUAUACCACAAUCAUGAGUCAGAACCUCUGUUAUCUGCUGGUAAUUGUGUCCUGGGUCUUGUCCUCUGCUAGUGCCCUGGUGCACACCCUUCUCCUAGCCCAUCUGUCUUUCUGUGGUGACAACAAUCUGCCACAUUUCUUCUGUGAUCUCUCUGCCUUGCUGAAACUGUCCAGCUCAGAUACCACCAUCAAUGAGUUGGUCAUCCUCACUGUAGGAGUGGUAGUCAUUACUCUUCCAUUCAUAUGCAUUCUAGUGUCUUAUGGCCACAUUGGGGCCACCAUCCUGAGAGCUCCUUCCGUGAAGGGAAUCUGCAAAGCCUUCUCCACAUGUGGCUCUCACCUGUCUGUGGUUACUCUCUACUAUGGAGCAAUUAUUGGGCUCUACUUUUUCCCCUCAUCCAAUAACACUAAUGACAAGGAUGUCAUUGUGGCGGUGUUGUACACUCUGGUCACACCCAUGCUGAACCCCUUUAUCUACAGUCUAAGAAAUCAGGAUAUGAAAGGAGCUCUUGGAAAUAUCCUCAGUAAAAGAAUAUUUUCAGUGUGA